GGGAGGGCUACUUGUAAGGGGGCUGGAAUUCAGAAUUCUGCAUCGUGUGUCUGCGUAUUUUUCCCUAAAUAUUAUUAAUAUAUUAAUAAAGGCCAUUUGCGCCAUCUCUCAUCAAGCCGACUACUGGACCAAUGGCGAAGAGAGUGGCGAUCAUCGGUGCCGGAAUCAGUGGCCUCCUUGCCUGUAAAUAUACUUUGGAGAAGGGUUUCCGUCCGGUCGUCCUCGAAUCCAAGGGAGGAAUUGGUGGAGUUUGGGCACAAACUUUGGAGACUACCAAGCUCCAGACACCGAAGCUUGUCUAUGAAUUCUCAGAUUUUCCAUGGCCAUCUACCGUAAAAGAAGAGUUUCCCAACAGCAACCAGAUCAUGGAGUAUCUUGAAUUGUAUGCUCGGAAGUUCGACCUUCUUCGCCAUAUCAAAUUUAAUUCUAAAGUGAUCGGCAUCGACUACGAGGGAACUUCUAACGAUGAGAUUCUCUCAUGGAGUCUUUGGGGUGGCACUGGUGAGGCCUUCGGUCCUAGAGGCAAGUGGAACAUCACCGUUCAAGAGGCCAACACUGAAUCAACUCAGGUUUACGAAGCGGAAUUUGUGAUCCUUUGCAUCGGACGUUACAGCGACCUUCCAAAUAUUCCAGUAUUCCCAGAAAACAGGGGACCAGAGGUGUUCGAUGGCAAUGUGAUACAUGCAAUGGACUACUCAGCCAUGGAUAACGCAACUGCAGCUGAGUUUAUUAAAGGAAAGCGUGUUACGGUGGUGGGGUUCCAGAAAUCAGCGUUGGACAUUGCAUCAGAAUGUGCCAAAGCAAAUGGAGUCAAGCAUCCUUGUACAGUGCUAUACAGGACUGAACACUGGAGUAUGCCUAAUUACCUGCCAUGGGGGGUGCCCCUUGCUCUUUUGUACCUCAACCGCUUCUCAGAGUUCAUGAUCCAUAAGCCUGGUGAAGGAUUCCUACUAUUUCUCUUGGCUACCCUACUUUCACCUUUGAGGUGGGCAUUCUCAAAAUUUGUAGAGAGCUACCUAAGAUGGAAGCUUCCUCUGAAGAAGUAUGGAAUGAUACCUAAACACAGCUUCUUUCAACAAAUUUCCAUGUGCUCAAUCACAAUCUUGCCAGAUAAAUUUUAUGACAGAGUGGCAGAGGGAAGCAUUGUUUUGAAGAAAUCAAAGAGCUUUAGCUUUUGCAAAGAUGGAUUGAUGAUUGAGGAUGAGAUUGCACCUCUACAAACAGAUAUUGUUAUAUUUGCCACAGGAUACAAGGGAGAUCAAAAGCUAAAAGACAUUUUUACUUCACCCACUUUUCAAGAACAAGUGAUAGGUUUACCCACCACAACAGUUCCACUCUAUAGAGAGUGCAUCCAUCCUCGAAUUCCACAACUGGCGAUAAUUGGAUACUCAGAGAGUCUUGCAAACUUGUAUACUUCAGAAAUGAGAUGUCGAUGGCUGGCGCAUCUCCUUGAUGGUAGUUUCAAGUUACCUUGCAUAUCAGAUAUGGAGAAAGAUAUAGCAAGAUGGGAAAAUUUCAUGAAGAGGUAUAGUGGUCGGUACUUUCGGGGAUCAUGUCUUGGUGUGGUACACAUUUGGUACAAUGAUCAGUUAUGCAAGGAUAUGGGAUGCAACCCCAAGAGAAAGAAUGGGCUUCUUGGAGAAUUGUUUGAACCUUAUGGUCCUGCAGAUUAUAGAGAUCUAUCCCCUAUUGAAAGCUCAAAAUAGUCUGCAACUCUCUCACACAGAGUUUUUGGGUUACUAAGCAAUGGUUUAACAAUCUAUUAUAUCGUUUCUCUCAAUCAGACAAUGUAAGAUAUUUAUGCAAUCUAAUAAGCAUUGAUUUAUAUAGCUCCGAUAUA